AACAUACAGGAAGUGAUGUUUUGUAUGGACAGGAAGUGAUGUUGUUUAAACAGGAAAUUCCGGGUGAGAAGUGAGGUGGACGGAAGUAGAGUGGAGACAUUGCUCGAACUGGCAGUUGAGGAGAGUAUAAAUCCGACGAUUGUUAAUGGGCUUUUAAAGACGAGAAAAAAAAGAGGAGAAUGAUGAAGUUGGUGUAAUGGAUACGUUUUCAGGAUACAAAGACCCCUUGAAGGACAUUGUGAUGGAACCAUUCAGUGACACAAACCCACCAGAGAGAUGUCCUCCUCCUUUGGAUUCCACACAGGAGGGUCACACCGUCCCUCACCAUCAUCAGGAUGAAGAACAAAUUAAUUUAAAAACUGAGAUAAAGCAGGAAGAAGUAGAGACGUAUGUGUGGGGUGAUCAGCCGUCCUCGACGGAGGUUGGGAUGAAGAGUGAACAAGAUGAAAAUUCUCUACAUAUUGACCCAAAUGGACAGCAUUUAUGGAGUAUAAAUACAUUGGAGGGACAUCUUAUUUUAUCUCCACAUUGUAACGCAGAAUGCAGCGACAUUUCACCUUUUCCAAAAGUCAACUCGUUCUGGUUGGUAAGAUCUGUGGUCCCUUCUAAUCCUGAGGAAUCUUGUGAUAAAUCCCAUACUACGACCUCAGAUGUCCAUCUAAGUUCUCACAGUGCGGACACAUCAACAGAUCCACCUAAUCCCCAGAAAUCAUCUUCAACCCAUAAGGGAAUUCACAAAGGAGAGCACUCAUCGUCCUGCUUGGUGUGUGGAAAAUAUUUCACUGAUAACAAAAACCUUCUUCAACACCUGAGAACUCACACCGGCGAGCGUCCCUUUUCCUGUUCAGAGUGCGGGAAAAGUUUCACUCAGAAAGGAGCGCUUAUGGUCCACCAGAGGAUUCACACUGGCGAGCGUCCUUUUUCGUGUUCCGAGUGCGGAAAUUGCUUCAUUCGGAAAGGAGAGCUUGUUAAACACCAGAGGAUCCACACUGGGGAGCGUCCUUAUCCGUGUUCAGAGUGUGGGAAAUGUUUUGCUCAGAAAGGAGCGCUUAUUGAACACAAGAGGAUUCACACGGGCGAGCGUCCUUAUACGUGUUCAGAGUGCGGGAAACGUUUCACUCAGAGAGGAGAUCUUAUUGUGCACCUAAGGAUUCACACAGGCGAGCGUCCUUUUCCUUGUUUGGAGUGUGGCAAAUGUUUCAUCAAGAGAGAAAAACUGAUUAUACACCAGAGGAGUCACACGGGCGAGCAGCCUUUUUCCUGUUCGGAGUGCGGGAAAUGUUUUACUCAGAAAAUCACCCUUCUUGCACAUCAGAGAAGUCAUGUAUGAGCUUCCAUUUUCAUAUUUAGAAUGUGAGGGAUCUUUCACAAAAAAUAAAUGAAUUCUUGAACACA